AUGCAGCAGCUCACCGGCUCCUGUUUGUGUUCCUCAGACGUCCAGCAGCUGAUUGGUCAUCCUGAAAAAGUUCCCCCUCAGCCACAGGUGGGGAGCUUUACUUUGAAGCAGAAAGUGUCACAGCCCCCCCACAUUAAAGAUGAAGAGGAAGACGUCUGGAUCACUCAGGAGGGAGAGUGUCUUCUAGGGCAGGAGGAAGCUGAUUUCACCAGGUUGCCACUGACUGUUGUCUCUGUGAAGACUGAAGAUGAGGAAGAGAAACCACAACCAGACAACCUCUUAGCUCCACUAUCAGAUCGUGAGGCUGAGGACGAGGUUGAAGAAACUCUAAGCAGCGAUACAGACUGUGAAGGUGAUAUGAGGACUCACACUGACAACAAACAUGGCAACUGUUCUAAAAAGAAGACAUGUAAAAAGACUUGGAGCUGUUUAGUUUGUGGUACGAGAUGUACUACAAAGAGUUGUUUGACUGAACACAUGAGAACACACACAGGAGAAAAAACGUUUAAUUGUUCAGUUUGUGGUAAAAACGUUUCUCACAAAAGCAGUUUGACUCAUCACAUGAGAACACACACAGGAGAAAAACCAUUUAGUUGUUCAGUUUGCGUCAAAAGCUUUUCUAAAAAUAGCAGUCUGACUCUACACAUGAGAACACACACAGGAGAAAAACUAUUUAUUUGUUCGGUUUGCGGUAAAAGCUUUUCUCAAAAUAGCAGUUUGACUAAACACAUGAGAACACACACAGGAGAAAGACCAUUUGAUUGUUCAGUUUGCGGUAAAAGCUUUUCUAAUAAGGGGGGUUUGACCCAACACAUGAGAACGCACACAGGAGAAAGACCAUUUGAUUGCUCAGUUUGUGGUAAAAACUUUUCUCACAGGAGCGGUUUGACUCAACACAUGAGAACACACGCAGGAGAAAAACUAUGUGUUUGCUCAGUUUGCGGUAAGAGUUUUUCUCAAAAUAGCAGUUUGUCGAAACACAUGCGAACGCACACAGGAGAAAGACCGUUUGAUUGUUCAGUUUGCGGUAAAAGCUUUACUCAACAAUGCCAUUUGACUCAACACAUGAGAACACACACUGGAGAGAAACAAUUUAAUUGUUCAGUUUGCUGUAAAACCUUUUCUCAAAAAAGCAGUCUGACUCAGCACAUGAGAACACACACAGGGGAAAGACCAUUUGAAUGUUCAGUUUGUGGUAAAAGCUUUACUCAACAAUGCCAUUUGACUCAACACAUGACUACUCACACAGGAUCCAAACGAUUUCAUUGUUCAGUUUGCGGGAAAAGCUUUUCUCGAAAGAGUAUUAACCAUGCACAUGAGAACUUACACAGGAGAAAGACUAUUUAAUUGUUCAGCCUGUUGUAAAAGCUAUUUUUCAAUAUUGUAAUUGAUGUGAUUAUUAAUAUUUAAUGUGAAGACUUUGCCUGUCACUAAUUAUAUAUAAAAUGUUGUUGGCAGUUUUAAAUGUCUUUUGAAGGGAUUAUUGGUGUAAUAGAUGAAUCCCCAUAUCCUACAUUGUUAACUGCCUCUUAGAAGCAGUUUUUGACUAUUAAGAAUGCAUAGACAAUGGGAAGACGUGUUUGCUUCUCUCACAUAACCAUUGUGGAUGAUGGAACUUUUUUUUUUAAAUUGCAGUUUUCCUUUAACAUGAAGGAAGACAGCCAUGAAUUCGGGAGUCGCUUUAAUAACAUCCGGCUUCGUCUCGCCAUCACACAUUACCGCAGUAAAGUUGGAGGUCAAACUCAAAGACCGGCAACACAUGUUUGGCCUUUACAAUAAAUCAAUCA